AAAAACAGACAGGGUGAGGGACUCAUAACGGAGAGACACAGCCACCAAGCCGGUGCUGAUAUCAACGUGUUCAGAUAAAAUUAAAACUUAGUGGCUGGAAAAGCUGGCCGGGUACGAGGAGUAGGUGCGGCCGGGCUCCGGGGCUAAAGCGGAUAUUUCAAGAAUAUCAUACUACGCUGAAUAUGACGGCCAGUUAGCCCCAGCAGGAGCAUCUGAAACAGGCAUGGCGUCGUCUUCCUUCUUGGAACCCAACCUCAAUCACUCGGCAGCGGGUGGUUGUGGGGUUAAAUCCCGGUCUGGGAUGCCUGGUGGUACUGGUGUUGGUACCAGCGGCUCUGCGGGAGGCCUCGAGCGGCCCUCAGGCUCCAUGGACAGGGUUCUGAAAAUCUUCCAUUAUUUUGAGACAAACAGCGGGCCAUGUAACUGGGCUAGUAAUAUUCGGCAUGGAGAUGCAACAGAUGUCAGGGGUGUUAUCCAGAAGAUAGCAGAGAUCCACAAACUGCGCUGUGUGUCUUCUCUGGGCCUCCGUCUGACUCAUCUCCACUCUGAUGCACUCCAUUGGUUACACCCUGAUUUGGGCGUGUGUCAUGUCAGGGAGAAAUAUGAGAAACAGCACCCCCAGGAGGAGUGGAGGUAUGAGUUGCGGAUGCGGUACCUUCCUAAAGGUUACCUCAGCCAUUUCUCUGAAGACAAACCCUCUCUCAACUACCUCUAUCACCAGGUUAAGAGUGACUACAUGCAACAUAUAGCUGAUCAGGUGGAUCAAGAUGUUGCUCUGAAACUGGGCUGUUUGGAAAUAAGGAGAUUCUUCAGAGAGAUGCCAGGAAACGCCCUGGAUAAAAAAUCCAAUUAUGAACUACUAGAGAAAGACGUUGGUUUGAGAAGGUUCUUCCCCAAAAGUCUACUGGACUCCCUGAAGGCGAAGACUCUUCGUAAGCAGAUCCAGCAGACCUUUAAGCAGUUUGCUAACCUCAACGAUGAACAGAGCAUCCACAAGUUCUUUGAGAUACUUUCCCCCAUCUACCGCUUCGACAAAGAGUGCUUCAAAUGUGCUUUGGGGUCUAGUUGGGUAAUAUCAGUAGAGUUGGCUAUCGGACCAGAAGAAGGAAUCAGCUACCUCACAGAUAAGGGCUCAAUGCCUACACACUUAGCUAAUUUUAACCAGGUUCAGUCCAUCCAGUACUCUGCUUUGGAAGAGAAGGACAGGAAAGGCAUGCUGCAGCUCAACGUAGCAGGAGCUCCAGAGCCCCUCACAGUCACUACGGCAUCGCUGACUACGGCAGAAAACAUGGCUGACUUGAUUGACGGCUACUGUCGGCUCGUCUCCUUAGCUACUCACUCGUUCAUUGUCAGAGUCCACAAAGAGGGGGACAGAGCUCUGCCGUCCAUCCCCAAAGUUUCAAAUCAUGAGAGGCGGAUGGAAAAACGGAUGGACGGAGUACGGACCCGAGCUGUUUGCGUCUCAGGUCACACUAGUGGCGAUGAAACGGACGACUAUGCUGAGAUCAUAGAUGAGGAGGACACCUAUACCAUGCCUUCAAAAUACUAUGGACUAGACCAAGCACGGGACUAUGAGAUUCAGCGAGAUCGUAUUGAGUUGGGACGCUGCAUAGGUGAGGGUCAGUUUGGAGACGUCCACCAAGGAGUUUACGUCAGCCCGGAGAACCCGGCUCUGUCUGUGGCGGUGAAGACGUGUAAGAACUCGACGUCAGACAGCGUCAGGGAAAAGUUUCUCCAAGAAGCACUAACCAUGCGUCAGUUUGACCACCCCCACAUAGUCAAACUGAUGGGAGUCAUCACCGAUAAUCCAGUCUGGAUCAUUAUGGAGCUCUGCACACUCGGAGAGUUACGGUCAUUUCUCCAGGUGAGGAAGUACAGUCUAGACCUGGCCACUCUCAUCUUAUACUCAUACCAGCUCAGCACGGCACUGGCAUAUCUGGAGAGCAAGCGCUUUGUACACAGGGACAUCGCAGCACGAAACGUGUUGGUGUCUACAGUUGACUGUGUAAAACUCGGUGACUUUGGUUUGUCACGAUACAUGGAAGAUAGCUCUUAUUAUAAAGCCUCUAAAGGUAAACUGCCUAUUAAAUGGAUGGCUCCUGAGUCCAUCAACUUCAGGCGAUUUACCACAGCCAGUGACGUCUGGAUGUUUGGCGUCUGUAUGUGGGAGAUCCUAAUGUUCGGCAUCAAGCCUUUCCAGGGUGUGAAGAACAACGACGUCAUAGGCAGGAUAGAGAAUGGCGAGCGUCUGGCGAUGCCCCCUCAGUGCCCUCCUACCCUCUACAGCUUGAUGACAAAGUGUUGGUCGUAUGAUCCCAGCAAGAGGCCACGCUUCACUGAACUCAAAACACAACUGAGCACUAUAUUAGAGGAGGAGAAGCUCCAGCAGAAGGAGAGGAGCAGGAUGGAGAUGAGGAGACAGGUCACAGUGUCUUGGGAUUCUGGAGGGUCAGACGAAGCACCACCAAAAUGUUUCCUCUCUUCACCUCUGUCCUCCUCUCUCUGUCUGCAGCCUAGUAGACCAGGCUAUCCCAGUCCUCGCUCAAGUGAAGGUUUUUAUCCCAGUCCCCAACAUCCUGGGCACUACCAGAUGGCAGGAUACCCCGGCCCUCACACCCUCCCCUCGGUGCCCAGCGCCCUGUACCCUCCACAGGCUGCAAUGGUGGACACACAUCAUGCACACACACACCCCCGCCACCACGUCCACACACACUCACACGCACAGCACCUCCCCCAUCCACAUGGGCACGACAUGGCACUGUGGGGCUCUGCAAUGGAGGACAGGGCAGUAGACAUGCAGCAGUGUGUAGAGCAGCAGUGCCUGUUAAUGGAGGAACAGCUGAUGAUACAACAGCAGCAGAUGGAGGAGGACCAGAGGUGGCUGGAACAGGAGGAAAGGCUGCUGAAACCAGACUCAAGAAGUUCCAGAGGGAGUCUGGACAGAGAAGACGGUGGACUUCAAGCACCAACAGGAAACCAGCACAUAUACCAGCCCGUUGGAAAACCAGAGCAUGCGGCUCCCCCAAAGAAACCCCCUCGACCCGGCGCCCAGAGCCAGGUGGGCAGCCUGGCCUGUCUAAAUACUGGAGACAGUUACAAUGAUGGAGUCAAGCCCUGGCGGCUGCAGCCCCAAGAGAUCAGCCCGCCCCCCACCGCCAAUCUGGACCGCUCCAACGACAAGGUGUACGAGAACGUGACAGGAUUGGUCAAAGCUGUGAUCGAGAUGUCAAGCAAGAUUCAACCCGCUCCUCCAGAGGAAUACGUUCCAAUGGUCAAGGAUGUGGGUCUGGCAUUGAGGACGUUAUUGGCCACAGUGGAUGAAACAUUACCACAACUUCCAGCCAGUACGCACAGAGAGAUCGAGAUGGCACAGAAACUCCUGAACUCUGACUUGGCAGAACUGAUUGGGAAGAUGAAGUUAGCCCAACAAUAUGUGAUGACCAGUCUCCAGCAGGACUACAAGAAGCAGAUGCUAACUGCAGCUCAUGCUCUUGCAGUUGAUGCCAAAAACCUGUUGGACGUCAUCGACCAAUCACGGCUCAAGAUGAUGUCGCAGCCCCGCCCACACUAGCCCCACCGCACCUGAGCUGACCAACAGGAAGUGGUCUGCAUCGUUCUGGUUCGCUGUUAGCAGUGGGGAAUUAAAGUGACGUCAUGAUGCGUGAGGGUUAUUGGAGCUGAGCGCUUUACAUCAAAGGAUGACGGCUCCGACACUUUGACAACAGUCCGUGAAGAAUCAUUAGAUGUUGAAUCCUGUGUAAGCUGAGGUCGUCUCUUCGCCACUGUGACUUUCGUAUUACAAGGACAGAGCAAAAACACUCAAUCAGGGACUCGGCAGCUUCUCUCUCCUUGACUGUAAUAUAAUAAUGAGAGGAGGACAAGCGAAGAUGAAGAUGAUUUUUAAACUGAGGGUCUCGACCUGAGAUGAGCCUGAUUGCUGCGGUAUAAAAACUUCACACAAACACUCAAGUGGGAACGACUGAAUCUGUUGACAUCCGGUGAAUUAGUCUUUGUGGGAUAACAGUCUUCUAAGCAAAGCCAUGAGAACCUGAUCGGGCUGCGUUUGAUCUGCAACAUAUCUGCAUGAAACUUCACCACAGGAUUGGACUCAGAUGUCAGCCAGCAGCCAAGUCAGUAUGUGUUGGUGUCAUGUGUUGUGACCCCGUGGACGUGUACGUUCUCCUCAGUUGAAAUACAUCCACGUCACCAUGGAUUCUUUUGAAUGGGCAGAUCAAAUCGUGUGUCUGUUCAGCUCUGGUUACGUCGGUGCUCUGAGCGGAUGCUUCAACAAGGAAAUUGAGACUUCCACCCUGCAUUUCUUCUCCCGUUUCUCUCUCCCAUUCAUUCCCAUCUUCCCUCCGUCUCACCAGGUUUUAUUUAUAGACUCAGAAACUGCAGAGGAGGAGAUGGAGGGAUGAACGGAAGUUUAAACUUUAGGGCAGUCUAGCACCGGUCUGCUGACUGAAGAAAUACACAAACUAACGUCGUCUUUUUUUCCCGAUUUCACUUACUUUCUUCUUUUGUUGUCGCCUCUCCUUCGUGAAGUCUUCCUCAGCUCCUCUCUGAGCCGCUUUUAAGACUCCAAAUGUGAAGUAUCCAAGUCUUUUUGGGUAAACAACGCAGACAGGAAACUCCUUAAACUCAGUUUACUCUUUUUAUCGGCUGGCUCCAUGUUUUUUUGUGUUGUUUCAGCAGUCUUCUUCCUCUACUAAAAAAAACUGUUACUUACAAGCAGAUAUUCAAUCCCAGCAUUGACUCUGAUGAGCAAAACCAGAAAAAAAAGUGGAUUUUGAGGAUUCAGUCUGAGUAACUGGAUAUUUGUCCCAGAGGAAGACAAAGACAUCAUGUCUCAGACUUGUCACUGAGCUUGACUGAACCUAUUUCUGUGAGGACGAUGUGUCCUCUCCUUUCUCCUCACCCACAGUUCCAAUAUCGUUCCCCAAACGCGACUGGUGUCACGCCUUUAACUGUCCCCUCACCCACAGCCGGUGUCACAAAGUGAAAUUACUGGGAACACAAACCAACCUCACAACUGGAAUCUCUGCCAGUUUCUGUCAGGUGUAACUCUUUAAAUAUGUCCCUCCUAACAACACACACACACACACACACACAUGAAAUGUGGAGCCACAUGACUGGAACUUGUCUCGCAGACACAAAACACUGAACUGAAAAAACAACAGAUCACACGUGUCUUUGUUAAUAGUGACCCCACAUGGAGUAUGACAUACUGCUAUAUGAAAUAUACUGGUGACUGUACUAGUAUAGCAUGAUAUACUGGUAUGGAGAAGAGCAUAUUUGCACAGCACCAAAAAAAAAAAAAAAAAAAUCUUAACUUUUUUUUAACCCUAUUUAACCCUGAUUUGAUUUCCAGGUUUUGCCAGCAAUGAAACUAUCACACAUCUGGGUUUAAUGGGGAUAAAAAAAAAGUUAAAAAAAACAAUCUAUUUUAUCUUGUCGUUGCGUAAAUCUGCUCAUGUUGGUAUAUUGUAAGCUAUACUGGUGUGAAAUCACUGGUAAAUUGUACAGAACUAGUACUAGUAAACACUGGUUUUUAUUUUGUCUUCUGGGCUAAAUCAGCCAUCUUGUCAAAUAGGAGGAGAAAAAAACAACAAAGAAAUAAAAAUAAUGACGAAAUGGAAA